UUAUAUAUACUCUGAAAUAUGUUUCUAAAACAUACAACUAUCGGCCAUAUAUGUUACACAUUUGUUUGGCACUUUGGUUAAAAAACAAUUGGACCUUAUUUUUCAUGAUUAUUAUAUAUAAAAAUUUUUCUAUUUAAUCUCUAUUUAAUAUUUAAUAAAUAAUUCAAUACAUGGAUACAUUUGAAUCACAGUUCACUGCUUAUGCAAAAUAUAGUAAUACCAAAUCCGACGGUAGAUAUAUCUCUCUAUCACAGAGUAAUAAAUGGAUGAGGCAGGCAAACAUAUUUACUGAUAAACUCACUCAAGCUGAUACUGAAAUACAUUUUAAUAAUCUGCAUCGAGAAGCACUUAAUAUAGAAGACUAUAAGAAAUUCAUAAAUAACUUAGCAAAAGCAAAAAGAUUGGACCCUCUUGUAAUUCAAGCAAAAAUGACAAAAUGUGGUCCACCCAUUGAAGAUCGAUCGGUGCAACUUAAUAACUUCUACGUUUCUAUAUAUAUUUUAAAUUCUCUCAUUGUUAUAUCAUAUGAGAUAUUAAAUAUUUCAUCGUUAUUUUGCAGAGAAUAGAGUCGGUUGUUUUGCAAAAGAUAGACGAUCCAUCUGGAUAUAUUUAAUUUAUUAAGAUAAAAAAAUGUAUAAAUAAAGGAAAAUAUUGUAACAGAACAUCGCAUUACUGGCAAGAGAAGAAGGUAACAAGGUAUAUACAAUUAUAUCAUUAUUAUGAUUGUUGUCAAUUGAUAAAUUAAAGGGAAUAUCAAAUUUAAUAAUUUUUUUUCUUCGACGUUCUUAAAUUAUUUGUUUUCUAUUUACUGCAAAUAUAUAAAUAAAUUAUCAUAUAUUAUUAUAUGCAUAUAUCAUACAUGCAUGUAUACACACAUAUGUAUGACUAAUAAAAUAUCAAGCAUACACAUACAUAUUAUUCAUGGCCCACCCAAACAGAAAAACGUACUCUAUGUACUCAUAAUUUUUUUUCUCUUUUAUUUCACAUUUUGCGCCGUGCCCUUUCCGUUGUGUAGUGACUUUCUUCGAUAGUGCGCGUGUUCCGCUAUUCAUUCAUACGAAUUCUUGUGUAUAUACGUAUACCUGCUGAUAGUAUACGAUACUAUUGAAAAACGUAUUUUUACUACUACUGCUAGUACGCUUCAUUCUACUGCAUUCUACUAUCCAUCUCGUUGACGUGGUCAUACAAAGUAUGUCGACGCCUUACUACCGAUCCGUACGUGCAGUCUCACCGAUAGGUGUAUUGCAUACAUAUACAACAUAUAAUACUACUGACAGUGUACACACUCACGUGCGCGCGCGCAUAAAAUACCUUGGACCUAUUCGACUCUAUUCAAGAUGGAGAGAAAAGAACGUAAGAUCUCAGAAAGGUGGUUGUAAAUAAGAGAUUUCGAAGAUACGUAUUUACUAUUAGAUAUUACUGUAAGAUCGAACGAUAAAAAAUGGCAAAAUCUGUAUUGAGCUCGGAUACCUUACCAAAAGCAGGUCGAGUGAAUGAAGUAUGUCGGGAAUGGUUGGUGCACGAGGAUGGAGCAUUGGCAUAUAGAUUGCAAGAUGAAGAAAUCAAGGAACAUUAUUCGGGUAAUAAGGUGCGUAAUGCUCAGGUACGAGAAGACCUUCCAAGAGCCAGGGUAGAACAAGAGUUAGAGGCAAUAAGAUAUCAAAAUUACAUACAACAGCAGGAAGAAAGAGAUGCUGUCGUAGCGAGACAAAUUGCAUUGUCAUUGGAAAGAGAGGAACAUCAAAGAGAAAGGGAAGAGCAUCAAAGAGAAAGGGAAGAGCAUCAAAGAGAAAGGGAAAAGUAUCAAAGAGAAAGAGAAUUACAGGAACGAAUGAGAUCGCAGUUAAAGCUCGACGAUGAAACUUUAUCGAUGAGAUUAGAAAUCGAAAGACGCAUACAAGAAGAAAAGGAUGAAGAAUUAGCAAGAAAGUUGCAGCAGGAGGAAGAAAAUGCUAUGGACGAUCAUGAUUCUCCAGUUAACGAACAAUUAUUAUUAGAUCAAAAGAUUGCAAUGGAAGCUCAGGAUGCCGAAUUAGCACGUAUGCUUCAAGAAAAGGAACGUGCUAAGGCACGGAAAGCGAGAGAAAGAGCUAGACAAAAGAAAUUGGAAAAGCAACAGAUGCAACAGCUGGAACAACAUACUUUAAUAGAUAGACCUCAACGACCGGAUAAGAUCGACUUAAGAAAUUCGUCGAGUAAAAGUCGAACGAGACACGAUACCAAUUAUAUCCAGCAAUAUCCAGAUCCCGAAGAGAUACAAACGCUUGAUAAUCAUGUUGAAGAAAUACAAGAAGUACCCAAUGUAGCUGCUAUCAUCGAUCCAACUUAUAAUAUAAAUGAGCAUCGAAAUACGUCCAGCAGUUCGAGUAAUACAGUUAGUCCGACGUUUGCAUUACCUACACCACCGCAAGAAUUAAUGGUAGAUGAUGCACCGUGUUACAUGCCGAUACAAGGACAACGAAGAAAUCAGAAUCAAUCUCCUUCGCAAGUACACGAAGAAAAGCAUAAAAGGCGAGUUAAAGAUGGAUGUAAGCAUCAAUGAAACAAAAACAACGUGCCUAUCGUAUUUAAUUAACAAUAAGUAUAUACUCGUCUUUUUUGGUAUUAAACAUUUAUCAGAAGUAUAAAAGUAUCUCGUAAAAAUAAUACUUUCUCUAUUUCUUGGUAAAUUUAUCGCGUGAUGAUAUAACUAACUACGUGAUUGACGAAUUUUUAUACAAGUUUUUCUCGCGAUAUUGCACAUGAUCUGUAGUUGCCUCCAUUCCAUUGAAAGUAGGUAAUAUAUAUAUAUAUAUAUACAUUUAUAAAGAGGUAAAAGAAAUUAUUCUAUAAUUGCAGUGAGAUAUCAGGAUCACUACUUUUUGCUAGAUUUAAGAAUCGUCUUUGCAAAUUGUAUUGUUACAAAAAUUUAGAUGCUAUUAUUGCGCUAACAAUAGUACACAUUUUCAUGUGUUUCAUCAAAUAUGAAACCGUACGUGCCUUUUGGAAAGGUACGAUUUAUAAAGCUAAUCAAUUUUUCAUCUAGUAUCCAUGGAGAAAAUUCAAAGGAAUAAUGCAAGAGAGUUAAAAUUUACAAGAAAUCGUACCAUUUUCUAACUACUUAUCUGCCUUUUCUAUUAUAAAUAAAUCUUUAAUAAUCGUAAGAAAAUAUUAUCUCAUUCUAAAGUGAUUAGUUUAAAAAUUAAUUAUUCUCGAUAUUUCUGAAUUUGUAGGAAAUUUAAGGACGAGAUUAGACGUAGGUAAUUAUUACUAAUAUUAUAUGAAGCUUAUUUAUUAAUAAGUCAUUAAAAAGAUUAGAUUGAUAAUCGGAGCACAUUUAAUAAAAAUUAGUAUUUUAUAUAUCAGUUCAUCUUUAGAUGAAGGAAAGAUGAAAAUUUCAAAGUGAGUGUUUUGAUUAUAUAAAAAAAAAAAAAAAAUAAAAAUAACAUUUUCGUGAAAUGUUUAAGUAAAUGCAGUGUUUCAAGCUCUCUAUUCAAAUGAUCUUUGUAUUGAUUCGCUAUAAAUUUCGCGCUUUAGUAAUCGUGGAAAUAAUAUUUUUGUUUUCUUUUUUCUUUCUUUUUUUUUUUUUUCAUUUAUCAAGACACGUAGUAAAUGAUAAUGACACUGCCAAAGAUGACACCAUUAAUGUUGGCUUUCAACCAGAUGAUAAUAAUGAUCUAGAUUUACUAAAAUAGUAUGAUGCUCAAAUGAGGUAUUUUAAACCUUGCAUAUAAGGUUUACCAAUAAAGACAUAUAGGUACAAAAUAUAAUGUACAAUGUAUACAAACUUUUUAGAGGGGAUUUUGAAUAUCAUACAUAUUUGUAAACAUCAAUAUUAAUAUAAUCAUUCUUUAAAAAAAUUUUAUUAUAGAUCUUUCUUAGGGCCUAAAAAGAUUUUUUCUCUAUCUUUAUAUUAUAUUAAAUUACAAUUAAAAUAUAUAGGACGUAAGUUUUUUCUUUAACAUUUGUAUUAUUGACGGUGAUUGGAAAAUUUUUUUUCUGUAAUACCAUGUAUUAUUAUAUAUUUUUUUUUUAUUUUUAUUAUGUUAAUACACCUAUACACACGAGUAUAUUAAUAAAUUAUUUACAUGUAAACGUUAUUUUACAAGAGUUUGUGAAAACUGUAUGAAGUUGAAGAGAAGCGUCUCGUAUGGCUUAAUAAAUCUAUAUUAUAAAACUAAA